AUGGCUGACCGCGCUCACCUGUCCUGCGUUGCCCGGCAACGCUCAUCUCUAAUUCAGCAGGUGGCAGGUAGUAAGGGGCAGCAGCAGCUCCGUCGUCCAGCCUGCAAACGCCACGUCCAGCGUCCAGAGAGCGUCCGGCAGAACGGAGCCACCACGACCACCGCUGCCACCGCCGCUGCCAACAUGAGCCCGCUGGUACCUCCUCUGCCCCCGGAGCUGGCACCCCCUGCCCACAGCCCUCCCCCGCCACCACUACCACCGCCACCACCGUCGGAACCCCCCCGGGCGGUUCCGUCCGCCCCGCCGCUGCCCCCCGGUUCUCCUCCCCCGGGCCCCCCGUCCUGCGCGCGUCCGCGCCUGGUGUUCCACACCCAGCUGGCCCACGGCAGCCCCACGGGCCGCAUCUACGGCUUCACCAACGUCAAGGAGCUCUACGCCAAGAUCGCCCAGGCCUUCAGCAUCUCGCCCGCAGAGAUCCUCUUCUGCACGCUGAACUCCCAUAAGGUGGACAUGCAGAAGCUGCUGGGCGGUCAGAUCGGCCUGGAGGACUUCAUCUUCGCCCAUGUGCGCGGCGAGACUAAAGAGGUGGAGGUGACCAAGACCGAGGACGCCCUGGGGCUCACCAUCACCGACAACGGGGCCGGAUACGCCUUCAUCAAGAGGAUAAAGGAGAGCAGCACGAUCGACCGGUUGCGUACGGUGUGUGUAGGGGACCACAUCGAGGCCAUUAAUGACCAGAGCAUCGUGGGCUGCAGGCACUACGAGGUGGCCAAAAUGCUCAAGGAGCAGCCCAGAGGAGUUCCCUUCACACUGCGCCUGGUGGGACCAAAGAAGGCCUUUGACAUGAUUGGCCAGAGGACACGAGCACCCAAGUCCAGCGAGGGGAAGAUGGUGAGUGGACGAGAGACGCUACGUCUGCGCUCGAAGGGCGGAGCCACCGUACAAGAAGUGCCUAAUGAGUUUGAAGAGAGGGCCACUAAGAAGGUGGAUGAUCUGCUGGAGAGCUACAUGGGUAUCCGUGACCUGGAGCUGGCCACGACCAUCGUAGAGGCGGGAAAAGACAAGAAGAAUCCAGACGACUUCGCCGAAGCCCUGGACUCUGUCCUCGGUGAUUUCGCCUUCCCAGACGUGUUCCUGUUCGAUGUGUGGGGCGCUCUCGGAGACGUAAAGAAUGGAAGGUUCUAG